AUGGGACAAAAAUGUAAUGUAGAUUCUGAUUGUUUACUUGCUUAUGACCCUAAACUUGGAACACAAAUCCAAGUAAAAUGUUUUGGGAAUCAAUGUUGUGGAGAAGACUUUUCUGGAAUUUCUAAACAAAAAUCAGAUCAAUUACAAAAUAAUAUACAAGCAAUUUGUAAUGAUGGAACACCUUCAAAUCAACAAUGCUUUUUACCUAAUGAUUGUGGGGAUGCACAAAAAACUUGUGUAAAUAAUAUUUGUUGCCCUAAAAAUAAUGAUUAUGAUCAAUGUAUAAUUGUGUUUAAAUUAACAAAAAAUUUAUUUUUGAAAAAAGAUGCUUGUGGGGGGUUACAAAGUAUUGGACAUUGUGAUACAAAGGGGCAAUGUUCUGUAGGGGAAUGUGUUUCUGCUCAAGUUUGUUGUGAAUGUCCUUUUGGUCAACCACAAAAACAAACAUAUAAUUGCAAGGAAGGGUCGUGUGAAAAAGGAUAUUUUUGUAGCCGUAGUGGAUUUUGCUGUCCACAAUGUCAAAAUGGAAAGAUUCCUCGUGGAAGUUGCCAUUUGGGUCAAUGUGGGGCUGGAUCUAUUUGGUGUGGUUUUAUUAGAUUUUUUGCCUAA